ACCUGAAUGAAGAAAUGGAGAACUAGUUUUACCAAAGUGAGACAGAGGGAGAGUUAAAGUGAAAGAGACGGAGAGAGAAAAAACAAGCGACAUCUCCGGGUACUAAGUCCACGUGGUGACUAUCAACGUUUGCUGUCAACGGUUGACAGUUUCUCUUUUCUCAGCCACCGUUACUGUUUUCUCGGACUUUCAAACACUUAAUAAAGUCUUUCUUUUGAUGAAACGACAGGUUGGGUGUCAGUUCGGCGUCCCAGUUUGGAGGCAGGCUGUCCCGGGACAGGCGCACACAUCUGUAAUAACAGAUACACUGUCACAGCGACACAAGCCCCGGGGAGGAGUACUGUGCGAGUCAACAUGCCUGUGCGACAGAAAGAUGCUCAGCGAGCCCUGGAGCUUCUUCAGCAGUACCGGGCCAAACUUGAUCAGAGACAGCAGAACCAGAGCCAGACCAAACAGGGCCUUGUGGAGGAAGACUACCAGCUACAGCAGUCUCUGGACAGAGUCAUCAAUGUCUUCCAAAGUCAGCUCUUUAGCGCUCUGCUUGACAUUCAGGAGUUCUACGAGUUGACCAUCCUUGCAGACAGCAAGUGUUCUGUGGACCAGACAGACGGUCCAGGGAGCCUCCCUGCCUCCUGUAACCUGCCAGCAGAGCUCUCAGUUCAGCCACAGCCCUCCUCUGGUCCCCUGAGCCCCCAAGCUUCUGGAGGAUCAUCCGAGCCAAAACCCCUGGCCCCCAAACCCAAGUCAAUCAAAUCCCCUGCCCCUCCAAUCCCAUCCGGAACACCCACAACAAAGCCUUUUUCCCCAACAACAAAGUCCAUUACACCUCAGUCACAGCCAUCCAAGGUCAAGUACCGUGCUCCUGUCCCUCCUGUCCAGCCUGGAGCCUCCAUAUCAUUGGCAUCAGAGACUCCUAAGCCCUCUUCUCCCUCUGCUGCCACACCCCCUGGAGUUACAGUGAAUGGUGUAGAAACCCCCACUGGCUCCAUAAAAACACCUCCUGGAGUAUCACUGAAUGGAACAAAGCCACAUCUUACUGCCACCAACUCUGAUGUUUCUUCAGAAAGCUCCACCACCUCCGCCAAUCCACAAGGCUGUUCUGUCUCUCCAGACCUCAACCUGGUGACUGUAUCAGCCCUCGUCUCCAGUACCAUCCAAGGCUUUGUGUCUCCAACUACUCCAGAUAAACUUACCCCUACCAGCACCACUCCUAGCACAGGUCUCAACGGAGUCACAGAUGAUAACAUAAUCUCUACAGCUCUUGUGACCAGGAAAGACCCAGGCACAGGCAAAGUCACUCCCAGCACGAGUCCAACUAGCCCCAACCAAGGAAAAUUUACUUUUAGCAGCUGCAACCCCACAGUUCCUCCGGGGCCUUUGACUGAAGAACCUCAUCUGAGACACUCUCUCUCCUUGAUCUCUGUACCUAGUCCAACCAGCCCCGGGUCAGCAAAAGUCACCUCCACUAACCAUAGCCAUGGUCCAGUCAGCCCCAGGCCAGCUACAAUCCCACUGACCCCCAACAAGAAAUAUCGGUAUCAAGAAGAGGAAGGGGCGUCACCAGGUGCCCCAAAACUCCACCAACACCCCUGCCAUCAGCACCCAAUGGGAGUAGCCAGAGAGCUAAGAGACGGAGGGACCCUGGGGAGGGAGGGGAGGGAGGAGAGAGAGGGGGGGACCUGGAGGAGAGAGGGAGGGGGCGCCGGGACCAUGGAGAGAGCAAGAGAACGAUCACUGGGGAGGGACGGAUCUCUUAGUCGCCGUGGUGACCUGCGGGGUGCGGAGCUGGUUCAGGUGGCGGAGCGGCAGCUGUCUCAGAUUCAACACGUUCACGGAUACGUCACUCACACACACAUCACGCCUGCUCAGGUAGAAUCUCCUGAGGUUCCCUUUGAUGACGAGGCGUGGCCUCACCCAGAGGGAGAGAGGCUGAACGAAGUCCCGGCCCCUCCUUUCUCCUCCCUCUACUCACAAAGCCACCCCUACUACCAGGCCAACCCCCCUCCAGUUGUGGUCAAUACCGACAGUGUCGACACCCCCCCAUAUGUGAAUGGAACAGAAGCAGACUAUGAGUAUGAGGAAAUCACACUGGAGCGGGGUAAUUCAGGUCUGGGGUUCAGUAUCGCAGGAGGGACUGAUAACCCUCACAUCGGAGAAGACCCCUCUAUCUUCAUCACCAAGAUUAUACCUGGAGGGGCCGCAGCCCAGAAUGGACGACUCAGGGUGAAUGACUGUAUAGUCCGAGUAAAUGAGGCAGACGUCAGGGAGGUGACCCACAGCGGGGCUGUGGAGGCGUUGAAGGAGGCAGGAGGUCUGGUUAGACUAUGUAUACGACGCAGGAGGAGCCUCACUGAGAGAAUCAUGGAUAUCAAGCUGGUCAAAGGGCCCAAAGGUUUAGGAUUCAGUAUAGCAGGUGGAGUUGGAAACCAACAUGUCCCGGGCGACAACAGUAUCUACGUGACUAAGAUCAUUGAGGGAGGGGCUGCACACAAAGACGGACGGCUACAGAUAGGGGACAAACUUGUAGCUGUGAAUGCCUCCUGUCUGGAGGAGGUAACUCAUGAGGAGGCAGUGGCUGCCCUGAAGUCGACUCCUGACGUUGUUUACCUACGUGUGGCCAAACACACCUCCCUUUUUAUCAAUGACAACUUCCCUCCACCCGACGUCACUAAUUCAUACUCCCCACAUCAAGACAACCAUAUAAGCCCCUACAUGAGCGGCAGCCAGUCUGUAAGUCCCGCCCCAUUGACCACGCCCAGAUACUCACCUCUGCCCAGGGCCAUGACUGGAGAUGAUGACAUCACCAGGGAACCCAGGCGGGUGGUGCUGCAGCGGGGGUCCACAGGUCUUGGUUUUAACAUUGUUGGAGGGGAAGAUGGAGAAGGAAUCUUCAUCUCCUUCAUUCUGGCUGGAGGUCCAGCUGAUCUCUGUGGGGAGCUACGAAAGGGGGACCGCAUCCUGUCGGUGAACGGUGUGGACCUGUCCAGUGCAACACAUGAGCAGGCAGCCGCAGCUCUGAAGAAUGCAGGACAGACCGUUACCAUAGUAGCACAGUACAGACCUGAGGAGUACAGUCGUUUCGAGGCGAAGAUCCAUGACCUGAGGGAACAGAUGAUGACCAGCAGUGUCAGUUCCAGCUCCACGUCGCUCCGCUCCACACAGAAACGCACACUUUACGUCAGAGCGUUGUUCGACUACGAUGGAAGUGCGUCAGAUCUCAGUGCGCCCAAUCAGGCCCUGCCAUUUAAUUUCGGGGAUAUCCUCCACCUGAGCAGCGCUGGCGAAGAGGAGUGGUGGCCCGCCCGUCACCUCAGCCCCCCGCCUCCAAACUGCCCUGAAGUGGGAGUCAUCCCCAGCCGCAGGAGGGCAGAGAAGAAGGAGAGGUCGAGAUUAAAGGCAGUCAGAGUGACGAGGUCUCAGGACAGAUCGGAUCAGGAUGAUAAAGAGCUGGUAACCUCUGGCACCAGCGAUAGUGAGAGUUGUUCCUCUGGCCAGGAGGAGACCUUCCUCACCUACCAACCUGUCAUGCAGCAGGAAGUUAAUUACACGCGGCCAGUCAUCGUGCUUGGACCAAUGAAAGAUCGGGUCAACGAUGACCUCAUCUCUGAGUUUCCUGACAAGUUUGGCUCCUGCGUCCCACACACCACGCGGCCGCGGCGAGACUACGAGUUGGACGGCAGAGAUUACCACUUCAUGUCCUCCAGAGAGCUCAUGGAGCAGGAGAUCCAGGAACACAAGUUCAUAGAGGCUGGACAGUAUAACAACCAUCUGUAUGGAACCAGCAUACAGUCUGUCAAAGAAGUCGCUGACAAGGGUAAACACUGUAUACUGGAUGUAUCAGGGAAUGCAAUAAAGCGUCUCCAGAUGGCAGGCCUCCAUCCCAUCGCUAUCUUCAUUAGACCACGCAAUGUCGACAACAUCCUAGAGAUGAAUAAGCGUUUCACUGAGGAGCAGGCGAGGAAGACCUUCGACAGAGCUGUCAAACUGGAGCAGGAGUUCACAGAGUUCUUCACCGCUAUAGUCCAGGGCGCAUCUCUAGAGGAAGUGUAUUCGCAGGUGAAGCAGGUUAUUGAGGAGCAGUCUGGUCCUUACAUCUGGGUGCCCACCAAGGAGCGACUCUGAAUAAACACACACAUACUACAUGAUCACACACAUGAAGCACUUCCUACUUCUCUAAUUUUCUAUUAUCAGCCUGCUUCUCUCUCUCUCUCUCUCUCUCUCUCUCUCUCUCUCUCUCUCUCUCUCUCUCUCUUAAACACACAUCACUACACACACACACACUCACAUUUACACAAGCACAUAAAGUCAGACGAGGCUGGGACUAUCUGGGACUGCUACUUCCUGAAGUGGGAGGAGCUAAAGUCUGUCCAGCAGCCUAUUGGUGGAUCUUCCUACAGCUCGGUUCCUUAAUGUUUAAGGAGGUGGUUCAAAUCAAGGCGACAUGUACCAUUAUCUGAUUUGAUUUCAUUAUUGUUCUUAUUGUUGUUGUCGUUGUUGUUUUCAUAUUAACGAAGGGUAAUGCAUUCAUGUAUGGGUUUGUAAUGAUAAUAUUGUCACCAAGAGGCAGACUUUUGCACGCUGUAGCUUUAAGAGCAUGUUUUUGGGACAAAAUCUUGAUCUCCUUCCCUGUCUGUCCGACUUUCCUGCGAUUGACAUUGCAACUGGCAUUGCUCCUGUUUAGAGUUUUUAUCUUUCUUGUCUUUUUCUAUCUUCUGUCAUAUCCCACCCCUUCCUCCUCCUUUCCUCUUUCGACUGUCUACAGACUUUAGAUAAGAUGUGAAAAAUUUAUAAUGUGCCCCAGCAUUUUGGUAUCAAGGGCCAAAAUGAAACUAUAGUACCAUUACUGUUUAGAGAUGUAGCAAGAAAAUAAUCAUAAGCAUAAGACACUUGUUGAUAUUUCUUGUAACAAGCAGAAAUUCUCAAUCAAAACUUAAAUGGAAUACUAAAUUAGAUUGCUUUAAAAUAAAUAAAUAAAUUGCCAUUUUGUUUUUAAGUAAAUGAGUAAAUAGACCUCAUAAUGGUUUUAGAGGCCAUUUGGAGACACGGGCCCGUAUUCAUUAAAUAUCUGCGAAUUAUAGCCAAAAAUAAGUUAUAAGUAAAGAUUAGGACACAUUUAUCAAGUGUCUUACUCCUACUUACAGCGGAGUAAACUUAAAGAGCAGCUUUCAAGUAAUCAAAUGAUUAAUUACAUGUUUGCUCAGAGUAGGAACAGCCAAUCGGAAACAAGGAUUUACUGCCCUGUUUAUUGUAUUUAAAAAUGCUUAAUCUAAUAUAUUUAUAAUAUACAAAUCUACAAAUAUGGACAAAAUAAUGGGCUGAAAUGGAAACAAAAAAGAAAACUAAAGUAGACCAGAAAAGAAAUUCUGCUGUUGGUAGACGAGGUACACCAAAGAAAACAGAUAAGAGUAAUUUAGUGCCACAUUGACAAGUGCAGAUAAUGAAGAUGCAUGGAAAGAAAACAAAAUCAAUGACAGCUUUACUCUUGUUGUUUGCACCCUGAUGAAUGCUAAAAACAAAAAGAAGAAAAAGUGUAAAAUCCUAUUAAAUGUUUGAAACAAAUGCAAAUAAUAGGCUUAAACUACCUUAUCCUGAAUUAAACAUAUUGCUCCAACUAUGACCAAUAAUAUUCUGCACAAUCCUUCUAAAAUAAUUAAAUUUAAGAAUAUUAUAUUUCAAAAUGUGUUAAAUAGCUUUAAUUUUUAAGGCUAGUGGGAGUAAAAGUAAAAGAUUUUUGCUUUUAUCUUUCAUUUAAGUCCAAAAGUGAUAGUUGAUGAAUACGGGCCCAGAUCUUCAGUUUAAAAAAACUUGGGUCUGUAUUACCCAAAUCUUCAUCCCACAAAGGCUUCUCUACCUCCCCUGUUCCUCCUCUUCCUCCUCUCUGUCUCAAGCCUUCAUCUCUCUCCCCCUCUCCUUCUCCACACACAGUGUGACAUUAGUUGAGCACUCCAGCAUUAAACAGUGUGUCAUCUUCAUCAACAUUAUCAUCAUGAUCAUAAUCAUCAGCAUCAUAGUUAUAGCUUUCCUUCUUACUGUAGUUGCACUAAUGAGGGCUGGUUUCUUAAAAGCAUCUUAGCGUGACAGAACUGAUACCAUCCCAGUGUUUCUGGUUUUUGGAUAUGUGAUACACUCACUUUUCUUUCAGUUAUCAGUGAUGAUUAUGCUGGUUUGAAAGAGCUAAAGAGGUCAGGUUUUUGUUUUUUGCAGUUAUCGCAUUUGCUGUAUGUCAUGCUAUUGUUGUGUAGUUAAAGACAUCAGGUGAACUCUUCUGUCAGGACUAACUAAUCAACUGCUAGAGCUCUUUUGGCAACACGUUUUUUUCAUGCUGGAUUUAUAAGUUUGAGCUUUCAGUCCCUGUGUGCAUAAAUAACACCUCAAACUAGCUCCGUUCAUGACCUCAGCGCUCCAUCCAUUACUCCUUGAUGGUGGACAAUCAAAGCGUUAUAUUUUUACCUGCUAUGCAGCAAUGGUUUGUAUCUUCAAAGGUAUAUUCAUGAUGGUCCCACAGAUGUCUACAGUUUGCACAGAAAGAUAAAAUGUUUGCCCGAGGCUGAACCAAUGUCUAAAUCCAACAUCCAACGAGUUUUUGACCGCAAAUUUAGUGAAUUUCCAGAACAAUGUUAUUAUUUUGAAGCACCAUUUCCCGCUUUAUAGGCGCUACAACAUGCGACUUUACAGUACGAUAGUAGCCUAUUGAUGCCGGUCUGUCGGUCUGUCGGUCUGUCAGUCAUGUGACCCUCGCUUUGCACAACGGUUGACUGUAGCGGUCUUCCCAGAGUCUUUGCAGCUCAUAACAAAGACUGAGGAGAAGCAAACUUGCUUCAAAACAGGUGAACACAUGUCACAUAAUAUAUUAGUUAAGUUUACUUGCACUGAAGAAAAGAAUCCUCACUAUGUUGUGUGCAGUAAAAACGAUUUUUCUUCUCUUCAUAUAUUUCAGCACUGCAGCUGUUUUAUUGUCCUGUGUUUUUUUUUUUUUCAUCAGGGCAAUUUACAUGUGCUAAAUCUAGCACUAAUCUAAAAUAAAUUUUAGUAUCCUAAAUAGGGCUAUGGAGCAAUGUUUUUACAAGCGGGUCCCUGCUUUGUUUGUAUCAUGCAUGAGCACAAGGAUACCCACGGGUAGCAUAAUUCACAUCUUGCCGUUGGUUUCACGCUGUACCGCUGAUCGACAGCUUUGGCAGGAACAGCAGUGAAUGGAACUUUUGUUUAUUUACAAAAAAAAACGUCACAGUCUGUGGAAAUAAACCAUUGAAAUGUUGGUUUAGCCUCCGGCAAACAUUUUGUCUUUCCGGCAGAUAGUAGACAGCUGUGAGAUCACGCGACCCUCUGCUGGGUAAAUAACGAUUUGGUGUUUCCCUAAAAGCAACUAUAAUCAAUAAUAACAGUGUAUCAAAUGUGAAAACAAUAUGAAAUAUGAAAACAAUGUGAAAGGGGUCGCUCGUAGCGAUGAACUUACAGAAAAUAAUCAUCGGAAUCUACAGCUCCCCUCGGCUUACAGAUCUUUAUAGUGAGUUUCAGCUCAUUGUUUAGAUGUCUGGCCACAACUUUAUUGUUUUGGUUCACUCUCAACGCUCUCACAGCGUCAUUUUCAGUGAAAAAGCUCUUAAAACCCACUGUACACUGCCUGCUCAGCACCAAACUGCAGACAGUUAGCGACUAGCUGGUGAAUAGAGUGGUGCUUUUUAGCAGCUAAGGAGAAAGAUAUUUCCUUCAGGAGUUGGUAAAGACCAAAAUCAGAGCUAAAAGAGAGUGAAGUCACAAAUGGGGCUAACCUGAAACAUGACAAUAAUCUCAAGAAAUACCAAGAUGCUUUUGGUAAUACAGCCCGUGUAGGGACCUUGUCAGCCAUCCACUUCCCAUCUCCACCCUCAACCCUGAGGCGACUCCUCCAAGCUGACUGGAGACCAGAGACAUACAGAAAGACCGUUCUGUCAACAGAGUAGCUCUUAGGCCGAAAUAAUAAAUAGUUUUGACCACAUGUGUUUUGAAAGCUUUAAUAUUUCUUCACAGAAUGUUAAGCUAAAUUAUUUCUUUUCAUAUAUAAUCCUCUAUGAAUCGAGUAAACCAUUGGUGUUGUCAGUUGACAGAACUGGACUCUCUGUACGAGUCUGGCUGUGUGUUUUAGCCAGGGGACCAUGCCACUGUCUGUUAGAGUAAAGCACCGAUGCAAAGAAUCUAUUACAGAGAUGGAUCUAUAUCUAACAUAUUAUAAUAUUUAUCCCUGCUCUAACUGCCUAUUUUGGUACAAAAUAAAUAAAAGUCUAUUGAGAUUUACUGAAAUCCCUCUUCUGAUGACCAGAGAUGAUUUUUCUUUUUGAGUUGUGGAAUGUGUAUGAAUGUGAAUAUGAUAUAAUAACUGUAAAUACGAAUAUAUUUACCAGCCGUGACAGCGUGCGGCUUCUUGUGAGUCUGUGUGUGUGUGUGUGUGUGCGUGCGUGUGUGUGCCAUCAUGGCAAAAUGUGGUCCUGGAGACACCUACUGUAGCGGGAACUACCACAGAAGCAGUUUUGAGUAUUUUGCCAGGUGUUUAUAUGUCUGUCUGUCUGUGUGUGGACAGAUUUUGUCAACGCGAUAGCGUCACAACCGUGCAAAAUGCAGUUACAAAACUUUACAGGUAUGUAGUUGUGAUCAAAAUGAAGGCCGAGUUCAAGGAUGGGUGUGGUCCAAGCAAGGGCACCAGAAGUAAGGGGUAGGAAGUAGGGAAGGGGCCAAAAUUGCCCGCCCCCACUUUACGCCUCUGGCCUCUUGCCAAUAAUGACACAUUCUACAUUCACGACUAACCAUGUUUAAUGUUGUACAUUCCUUGUAUCAAACCAGGGAAUAUUUCAGCAAAACACAUAUAUAUGUCAAACCUAACAGGUUAAAAGUUGACCUGCGAGGACGAUUAGGCAUAUUGAAUAAAUCUGGCACAGUUCACCUGUUUCGCCAAACUCA